AUGGCAAAGCACAAAUCUGAUGGCGGGCUAGGUUUCAAAAUUCUUCAUAAGUUUAACUUGGCCAUGCUUGGGAAGCAGGGCUGGCACAUUAUCAACAGGCCUCAGUCCUUAGUGGCUCGUGUCCUUAAGGCCCGCUAUUUUUCGACACAAUCUUUCUUUGAAGCUCCUUUGGGAAGUAACCCUAGUUUUUUGUGGCGUAGCAUAUGGGAAACUCGGGGUCUAAUUCGAGCUGGGGCUUACUGGAGGAUUGGGAAUGAUCUCAUAAUUAACCACAGAUGGAACGAGAGUUUAAUUGCACAGAUGUUCAACGAAAGAGAUAGAAGUUGUAUUUUGAACAUCCCUCUUAGUCUUUCAUCAUGUUCUGAUACAUGGUGCUGGAAAUUCGAGUCCAAAGGUCACUAUUCGGUUAAGAGUGCAUAUAGGUUCAUGGUUGAUGGCUUUCAACAUAGGGAAGGGAGCGAGAUAUGGAAAAGGUUCUGGAAAGCUAAAGUUCCCCCAAAAGUGCUCAAUUUCUGCUGGCGGGCUCUAGUUAAUGUUGUCCCUUGCCUCUCGUCACUUCAGUCCAAGAGAGUCCCAGUUGAUCCUUCAUGCCCGUUGUGUCAUGUAGCCCCUGAGAAUGUCUUGCAUAUUCUGAUUCAGUGCCCUUUUGCCCGCAGCUGCUGGUUAAGCUCGCCGUUGGGUUGGCCUGCGCCUUCUGCAUCUUCUUUAAAUGAGUGGUUUUCUUUAGCUUUCUCUUCUGCUUCUGUGGAAAAUGCCUCCCUUAUGCUAAUGAUCUUAUGGGCUUUGUGGCAAAAUAGGAACAAUGUUGUAUGGAAGGGCCAGGGUCAGACUGCGAGUGGUGUGUUCUUCAUGGCUCUGAAUUUUUUGCAGCAAUGGAAAGCAGCCCGGGUCGUGUCCUCAGUAAGCACCAUUGUCGACCCGACUCGCCCGAUCUGGUCUCCUCCGCCGCACGGUUGGAUCAAGGCGAACAUUGACGCCUCUUUAAGCUUGCAACGAGGUUCGGUAGGUUUCGGUUGUGUAAUCCGGAAGGAUGAUGGGAGUUUUGUGGCUGCUAGAGCAGGCUCUUUUUAUAGCCAGAUGGAUACAAAGUGUGCUGAAGUUAUAGCAUUCCGGGAAGCAUUAAGCUGGAUUAAAGAUAUGGGAAUCACAACCAUCGUCUCUGUAAUUGUCCCUAUAACCAUCGACUCUGAUGCCUCUUGUGGUGAUCAAAGAGUCCAAUAUUGCUUGGAGAUCCUUUCUUGA